GUGUUUCCCAGCAGCCCUCGCGGCGUCGCUCGGGCCCUUUGCACGCCGCCGCCCGACAUCACUACCGACAGCCCGGUCGUCGGCGGUCUGAGCGAAGUCGACGCGCGCCCUGCCGCGAAGAUGGAGGGGCCCUUGUCUGUGUUCGGGGACCGCAGCACCGGGGAGGCGAUCCGCUCCCAGAACGUGAUGGCUGCGGCUUCGAUUGCUAACAUUGUGAAAAGCUCGCUUGGUCCGGUGGGCUUGGACAAGAUGCUGGUGGACGACAUCGGUGACGUGACCAUCACUAACGACGGGGCCACCAUCCUGAAGCUGCUGGAGGUGGAGCAUCCCGCAGCCAAGGUGCUUUGUGAGCUGGCCGACCUGCAGGAUAAGGAAGUCGGAGACGGGACCACCUCCGUGGUCAUCAUCGCAGCAGAACUGCUGAAGAACGCGGACGAGCUGGUCAAGCAGAAAAUCCACCCCACCUCAGUCAUCAGUGGCUACCGGCUUGCCUGCAAGGAAGCGGUGCGCUAUAUCAGUGAAAACCUGAUUAUCAACACGGAUGAACUCGGGAGAGAUUGCCUGAUUAACGCUGCGAAGACGUCAAUGUCUUCCAAAAUCAUCGGGAUAAACGGAGAUUUCUUCUCUAAUAUGGUGGUAGAUGCCGUGCUUGCUGUUAAAUAUACAGACGUACGAGGCCAGCCUCGCUACCCAGUCAACUCCAUCAAUAUUCUGAAAGCCCACGGGAGAAGCCAGACCGAGAGCAUGCUCGUCAGUGGCUACGCUCUCAACUGUGUGGUGGGAUCUCAGGGCAUGCCCAAGAGAAUAGUUAAUGCAAAAAUUGCUUGCCUAGACUUCAGCCUGCAGAAAACAAAAAUGAAGCUCGGUGUACAAGUGGUCAUUACAGACCCUGAAAAAUUGGACCAAAUUAGGCAGAGAGAAUCAGAUAUCACCAAGGAGAGAAUUCAGAAGAUCUUGGCGACUGGUGCCAAUGUCAUCCUCACCACCGGCGGCAUUGAUGACAUGUGUCUCAAGUAUUUUGUGGACGCUGGUGCAAUGGCAGUUAGGAGAGUUUUAAAGAGGGAUCUUAAGCGGAUUGCUAAAGCUUCUGGAGCAAGUAUUCUGUCAACCCUGGCCAACUUGGAAGGUGAAGAGACUUUUGAAGCUGUGAUGUUGGGACAAGCGGAGGAGGUGGUACAGGAGAGAAUCUGUGAUGACGAGCUGAUCUUAAUCAAAAACACUAAGGCGCGUACGUCUGCGUCCAUCAUCCUGCGCGGUGCCAACGACUUCAUGUGUGACGAGAUGGAGCGCUCCCUGCAUGAUGCUCUCUGUGUGGUGAAGAGAGUUCUGGAGUCAAAGUCUGUGGUUCCAGGUGGGGGCGCUGUCGAGGCAGCGCUGUCCAUAUACCUUGAGAACUACGCCACCAGCAUGGGCUCGCGGGAGCAGCUGGCUAUUGCCGAGUUCGCACGGUCGCUCCUCGUGAUCCCUAACACGCUGGCCGUGAACGCUGCCCAGGACUCCACGGAUCUGGUCGCAAAGUUGAGAGCUUUUCACAAUGAGGCGCAGGUGAACCCAGAACGGAAAAAUCUAAAAUGGAUUGGCCUUGAUCUGAUCAAUGGCAAGCCUCGAGACAACAAGCAGGCAGGGGUGUUUGAGCCAACCAUAGUGAAAGUAAAGAGUCUGAAGUUUGCCACAGAAGCUGCAAUCACCAUUCUCCGCAUUGAUGACCUCAUCAAGUUACAUCCAGAAACUAAAGAUGACAAGCAUGGAGGCUACGAAGAUGCUGUUCAUUCUGGAGCCCUUGAUGACUGAUGGGAUUUCUCCUUUAUUUAUAACAAUGUUAAAUGCAAUUGUCUUGUACCUCAGAAGUUACAAUUAAAGUACAGUGAGUUGUCAGCUCGGA